AUGGCGACCAAGGAAAGCGUUACAGCCGCGAAAGACGCUCCGGGCACCGACAAAGAUUCGUCGGGUGGGGAAGUCGUGAAGCUAAAAAGGCGCAUCAACCUCUUCAAUGGGGUAACGAUCCUCGUUGGGACCAUCAUCGGGUCGGGUAUAUUCGUCUCACCGAAGGGAGUCUUACAGAACUGCGGUGGGUCCGUCGGGGUAGCCAUGAUCGUUUGGACUCUCUGUGGCGUGCUCUCCGCAUUCGGCGCUCUCAGUUUCGUCGAGCUUGGCACCUCCAUAACCAAAUCCGGCGGUGACUACGCGUACCUUUACGAAGCGUUCGGUCCUAUACCGGCGUUUUUGAGACUGUGGACCCAGUUUGUGUUGAUUCGCCCGGCUGUGAUGGCUGUGUUGUCCUUGACGGCUGGGAGGUAUAUUCUACAGCCGUUCUUUCUGGACUGUGAGACGCCGGAGUCGGCCAUUAAACUGCUGGCUGCAACAGCAAUACUUCUACUGACGUUCGUGAACUGCUACAGCGUGAAAGUGUCCACGUGGAUCCAGGACGUGUUCGCUGUGGGGAAAGUGCUGGGACUGGGGGUCAUCAUAGUCGCUGGAAUCGUACAACUCGCCAACGGUGCCACCGAAAACUUCCAGAACACUUUUGAGGGGAAGACGAUUACACCAGAGGGAAUCCCUCUCGCCUUUUACUCCGGACUUUUUGCCUUUUCCGGCUGGUUCUAUUUGAAUACACUGACAGAAGAGGUGCAGAAUCCAAAAAGAAACCUCCCCCUGGCUAUCCUAAUCGGAGUGGCGGUUGUCAUGGUGAUAUACCUGCUGACGAACAUCGCCUACUUCACCACAAUGACCGCCCAGGAGGUCCUGGAGUCAGACGCAGUAGCGGUGACAUUCGCCCAGCGUGUUCUCGGAGUCAUGGCAUGGGUGGUGCCGGUGGCAGUCGCUGUGUCCUGUUUCGGCUCGACUAACGGCAUUUUCCUGUCUGCAUCGAGGGUGACGUUUGUAGGAGCCCGUGACGGGUACCUCCCCGACCUGCUCGCCAUGAUACAUGUCUCUCUGCUCACGCCUCUGCCUGCUGUUGCGCUGCUGUGUCCCAUCGCUCUCCUGAUGCUGACCAGCAAUGACGUGUACCGGCUGAUUAACUUCCUCAGCGCUGUCCGCUGGCUGUUCAUCGGGCUGGCCACCGCCACCGUACCGUACCUGCGCUGGAGAAGGCCAGAUAUGCACCGCCCCUUCAAGGUUCCACUAGUGCUGCCGAUCAUCUUCACGUUGGUGUGCGCAGUGGUGGUGGCCAUGUCCCUGUACUCUGCCCCGGUGGAUGUCGGGAUAGGUCUCGCGCUAACGCUGACGGGAGUUCCGGUGUACGUCCUGGCGGUGUGGAAGAACAAGCCGGACUGGUUGAGACAAUUCACAGAUUCAGCUACACGGGUGUUACAGAGUAUACUACUUGUGGUGCCCCAAGAAGCACCAGCUUCUACCCCAAAGACACAAGAAAUCUCCAAGGCUCCAGCAGAAGAACUAAAAGACGCUGCCAGUGUCUCCACGUAUCUGUAG